CAGGCUCGAGGAACGAGAAACUCGAGAAAUACACGGCAGCAGCAGCACGCGAGUACCAAGAAGGGGCCCAUCCACGGCACAGUGUCUAUAUCAUAGAAGAGAAAAAGUUCAUGUAUCAGUAUGCAGCGCAAUACGGUAGACAGCAGAACUACACGAAAGUCGGUGACGCGGAUUUGAGUGAGACCAGCAGCCAGCCAGUCACGGUCUCCGGUACCUGAAAGUCACAAGUGCGCCUUCUGCUAAACCGGGGGUGCAAAGUUUUCUGCUCGUGUGUGCGUCGUGUUUCCUUUUUUAUGCCAGGACACUUCCGGGAAAUCCAAUUGGAAUCCAUUGGGAACAUUAAUUAGUCCUGCGCAGUAGUACGCAAUAGCGCUCGCUCAACAAUUCGGUGCGUGCGUAGGUGUGAGAGUGAUUUGAAAAAAGGAGUGCCCCGCAAAACAAUCGUCACACUGAGUGACAUACGAAUGCAGUUAAGUUUUGAUGAGAGUGAGACUUCGUUAUCAUCUGACAACAUUUGAUAAGCUCUUGUCGACAGGAUUUGUUUGAUCUUGCCGCCCCCCCUAGAGUGUUGUAAGCGUGAAUAAGCGGCAAUGCGCGCGUGGUUCGAGUAAACAAUAAGAGAACGUGAGUGCAAAUAGACCUCGGCUUGAAGUGAGGUGCGUCAAAAAUCCUGCCACACUGAGAGCCCCGAAAGCCAAAGUGAAUCAAAUUCAAGUCGCUUAUGAACGUUGAUUGUGUUUUAUGUCGGCACUUAUAUUUUAAAACGAUGAGAUCAUAACUCUACCCGGCGAUUGAGGUUUUGAUUAAUUGGAAUCAAUUUGAGACGUUUAAUAGUGGCUACGACGACGGCUUGAUAAAUUUAUUCAAGCGAACCGCGAGAGAGUCGUUGAUAGAUGUUAUUGAAAGCCAUCGGUGGUCGAGUGAUGGAACAAUCGAAUGAGUCAGCCGCCACUGCUGCUGCUGCAGCUAAUAGUGUGGCACGAAGCUCGGCUCAACCCGGAGACUUUGCAGCUGCCGCCGCCGUCGUGUUAACGCUGCAGAACACGAUGGUAACGAGCUUACAACAAGCUGCCCUUAUGCCGGCCAACUCGGCAGCUGCAGCUGCCUUGAACCUUCAGGCACUCGAGUCAUAUCUCACGUUGCAAAGAAUCACCGGCAAGUCGGAUGUUCUCCGCCUUACAAAUCGUACUCCGUUGCCCUCGAUGCCGUUAACCUCUUCCUCGACUGCAACCUCUUCAACCUCCAAUCACCCCUCGGAAGACAUCCUCAUGGACACUCAACCCUCCAUGCAGCAUCUGCUGCAAAACAACGAUCUAUCCGACGAACUCCCGAUCCUCGAUCAGGACGAAGAUCUCAACUUUGACGACCCGAUGCAGGACUCCGACGGCAAUAAUUCCCUCGACAGUGGCUAUCCCAGUCUAGUCCUCAAUGCGGCAUUCCAUCAGCAAAUGAGUGCCGACAAAUACAAAACGCUGGCGGCCGGAAGUUCCAGCUCCACAGCCUUGGGCCUAGCGGCUAGUUUGGUUGCAAACUCGGUUGCUGCUGCAGCAGCCAACAAAAAAUCCACAACACCAACAGCCACAGCAACCACCAGCUCCACGUCCACCUCAACUCAACAACAGCAACAAGCCUCAAUGGUAGCCGCGGCGGCGGCGGCUGGACAGCGGCCAAAGAAGCAAUUUAUUUGUCAGUUUUGCCAACGCCAGUUUACCAAGUCCUACAACCUGCUCAUUCACGAGCGAACCCACACCGACGAGCGGCCCUACUCGUGCGAUAUCUGCGGCAAAGCCUUCCGGCGGCAGGACCAUCUGCGGGAUCAUCGAUACAUUCACUCCAAGGAGAAACCUUUCAAGUGUCUGGAAUGCGGCAAGGGUUUCUGCCAAUCGAGAACGCUGGCGGUGCACAAGAUCCUGCACAUGGAAGAAUCACCGCACAAGUGCCCGGUUUGUUCGCGGAGUUUUAAUCAGCGAUCGAAUCUGAAGACGCACCUGCUGACCCACACCGACAUCAAGCCGUAUCACUGUGGAACGUGCGGGAAGGUCUUCCGGCGGAAUUGUGACCUCCGGAGGCAUAGCUUGACCCACAAUCUGGGCAGUACCGGGGUCGAGGGGGCGAUGGGGCUGGAUCUGGCUGGCGUUGGCGGAAGUGGCGAGUCCGGAAAUGAUGCAGCCGAUGUGAAUACCGUGGAUCUGAUGGCCUUGGCCGGAGUCGAUUGAUGGAAUGGAAACACAUUUCCACCCCCGAACAAACAAAUUUGUUUCUAGUGGUAAGCUUCCAAUGUUGACACUUUUAGUGAGAUAGGAUCUAGGUAGGCUUCUUUCUUAUAGUUAUUAUUGGCGAACUGAGUGGAGGUUCGUCGUCUGUACUACUUAUGCAUUUAUUGAAGUCUUUUGAUUUUGUGGCAUUAUUUGGCGAUGAUUUUACUGGGUGACGAUGAUAAUCCGUGAUUGUUUUGACAGUUAUUGAUCUUAAUUCAUUUUUUCGUUGUCUCCAAACGGUAAAAAAACCUAUCUAGAAUAAAUUAUAAAAUUAUAACAUCUCUCGCAAAGCUGGAAAUCAAAGAAACAACAGUAUUUAAGCGGGAUAUUUUUUUUAACACCUUCCUGCAAAUUGAGCUUUCACAUAAUUGUUUAAAUAUUAUAAUUUACGAAUACAUCAAGUCAAUCCAUAAAAAUACAUACAUCAAAUUUCAAAUCGAACAUUUGAUUAUUCGUCGUUAUUUGAAGAGAACUGAUUUAAAAAUCUAGGCUUUGCAACUUCCAUUUUUUUUUUAAACUUUACCUCCCACUUUACCAGGCCCGUGAGAAGGACCCGUCCAUGGGAGGGGUUUUUGAAAUUCGAAUUUAGCUAGGAAUAAUAAAAAUUCCAAAAAGGCACAAAAAAUAAGGAAAUCGAUUUCUUUAACAAUUUUUCUUUACUAAUGAACAUCAAACAAAUUCUAAAAUAUAAAAUAAAUUUUAAUAAUACGAUUAAAAAAAGCAAAAUCAAAGUUUCAAAAAAAUGUAAUUUUCGGGAAAUUUUUUACAAAUUAUUCAAGAUGAUGGUUCUUUUUCGGGACUAGAAAUUUUAGCCAAUAUUUUCGACACCACAAAUCGAAUUCGAAUUAAAAUUUAAAAUAAAACCAGAAUUUAAAACUUUGGACAUAAUAAUCAGAGCACAUAAACAGAAAACAUUAAA